ACUAAAAAGCUUGUAGCUUUUCUCUUUCCCUGUCUGCAUCAAUAUAUUAUUUUAGUAAUAACUACUGCUUGUAUUAUUAUUUUUUUGCUUUCUUCAUUCUCUUUGGGGUCUCCAACUGUGUACAAAAUCCCAGCUUUGAAUUCACACUUUUUCAAACGUCACCCUCUCUCCCUGUUCAUCACCACUCAUCACAACCUCAUUGGUUUUUGAAUCUUGGAACCGACAACUCCAAUUCUGUUGCCGAUGCGAUUCCAUUUUGUGGGCUCUUCCUUUUUCUUCUCUCAACGGGUAUAAGGUGAAUACAAAAACAGUAACUUUUGGUUUUCAUGGGAUAAUACAUACGCUGAAGCAGUAACUCGGUAGGAAGGGGAUGACUGCAUUUUGGUAGGCCCACUGGCUGCAUGGGAGGCCUCUUGCACUUUUUUGACUUCCAUCAGGGGAACAUGGCCAGGAAAGUUCGUACCCAGAAGAGAAAUGUUGGCGGCCUUGGAGCUCCUCAGAAUAGACUGGAGCUGCAAGUAGAACCUUCUGAAAACUAUUAUGCUGUACAAGAUGUGCCGUACUCUCAUCAAGUGGAAGAAGACUGGUCUGAAAAGAACUGUUAUCCAAUUGAGGCUUCAAUGAAGAAAUUGAUAAAGGAGGAAGUAUCCAAACAAUCAAACAACAGACAAAAUGCUCCAAGCAUUGUUGCUCGGCUGAUGGGAGUGGACACGUUGCCAUCAGAUACAAAUUCUGUAUCUCAGCCAAUUGACAAAAAGAAUGAAAAAGUGGGAGUAAAGUUCUCAAAGAAGGAAAUGGGUGGAAAGAGCUCAGUUGGUCAUGUCUCUUCUGACUCAAAUUCUUCGACACUGAUGGAACUCAACUCAUCUUACUGUGAUAAAGACAGAAGUGCUGAUAGAUGGAGCAGAGAGCAGAAGUUAGGAAAACAGAGGCGUCGAGAACAUCCUCAAGAGGAGGAACUACAGAAGUUCAAGAAAGAAUUUGAAGCAUGGCAAGCAGCCAGGUUUAAGGAAUGUUCUAGGGCUAUUGAACUUGACAGCAUCCCUGGACUACUUGCUCAAGAGGACCUCAACAAGGAAAAGAUGACAAUUUAUUCAACUUCUGGGAGAAGAGGAAGCGAGAAGUCCGUAGAACCUAAGAGUCUUACGUUAAAGGAAAUGUCACAUGAAAGAGGCAGCUUACAGCAACAUGGAGACAAAUUGGAUUUUUUCCCUUCUGAGCUGAAGGAAUCUUUUCCAUUGAGAAGCAGGACCAUGAGUAGAGAUUUUGAGCAGUCUUCCCUAAUGAGUUCUAGUCAGAAGCUGGAUAAAUCUUCUGCUCCCACAAAGAUAGUGAUCUUGAGGCCUGGUCCUGAUAGGAUUUCUUACCACGAAGAGUCUUGGCCAAGUUCCUCGGGCACUUUAGAGGAUAGAGGUAGUAUAGAAGAUUUUCUUGAGGAGGUGAAGGAGCGGUUGAAAUGUGAACUGCAAGGGAAAACUGUUAAGAGGGGUUCUGUUGGCCGAGGAAGUGGAAUUGAGACCCCUUUCAGUGAAAAGCCAUCAGAUCCCAAACAAAUUGCUAGGCAUAUAGCAAAACAAGUCCGAGAAAGUGUAACUAGGGACUUCGGAAGGAAUUUGCUCCGGUCAGAAUCAACAAGGUCAUAUAGAAGUGACAUUCAGUUCAAUGGACCAGCUUCCCCAGAUUUCAUCAGCCGAGACACCAGAAAAUUCUUGUCAGAGAGACUAAGGAAUGUUCUCAAGCAAGAGACACAUCUUGACGUUCCCAUAGUGGCCUCUUCAUCAUACACGUUAGAUAAUGAACAGGCCAAACUAAAACAAGUUAGAGAUACGUUGAAGGCCAGAAAUGAGGUGAGCUGCCGGGAGAUUGUGAAAGAUGAACAAGAAAUUCAAACCAGAUCUUUCAGGCAUGGGUCUGAUGAUGGAGUGCUCCAGAGAGAGUUAUCCCCAAGAAAUCUUCUUAGGUCUUUAUCAGCCCCUGUAUCAGGAACAUCAUUUGGGAAGCUUCUUCUGGAAGAUCGUCACAUUGUAACUGGUGCCCACAUCCAGAGAAAGCAUGAAGCCAUUGAUAAUGUGACACUGGAUGUAAAAAAACAGAAGAAAGAGAGGUUUAAUUUUAAAGAAAAAGUUUCCAAUUUCAGAUAUAGUUUUGCUUUUAGAGGGAGGCUAUUUGGUAAAAAGAUGCAAUCAAUGGUGGAAUCACAUAGCAGUGAACACGAUUUUAUGAGAGAUAUCAUGAGUGGACCAACAAUUCUUAUGAACUAUGGCGAGAGGCAUGAGAACUCCACUGAGGUGCCUCCUAGUCCUGCAUCUGUGUGCAGCAGUGCUCAAGAAGAUUUCUGGAGGCAAGCUGAUCAUGUCAGCCCCAUGUCAACACCGGAUGCAACUCCAGGAGAAGAUAAUGGUGUGCCACAGGUUUUUAGAGAGAUCAGCUUCAAUCUGAAUGAGCUGCGGAAGCAGCUAAAUCAACUUAAAUCUCAUGGGCCCGAGGACACAACAAUCGAACCAGAGUCUGAUGAGUCUGAAAUGGUUGAGCUGGAGGACCCAACAGAAGCUUACAUAAGAGAUCUUCUUGUUUCUUCUGGCUUGUAUGAUGGAUCAUCUGAUACAUCCUUUUUCAGAUGGGACACAUUUGCAAAGCCAAUCAGUAACUUGGUGUUUGAAGAAGUGGAAGAAUCUUAUAGAAAAUCGGCCAAGGAUGACAAUGAGAAGGUAGAUCACAAGCUGCUACUUGAUUUAUUAAAUCAAACACUUUCAACUAUUCUUGGACCACUUUCGAUCAUGUCUACAUUCAAAAGUAAAAUGAUUCAUUCCUCUAUCCUCCCAACUUUGCGUGGAAGAAGGUUAUUGGAUUGUGUGUGCGAGAUUAUCCGUGUGUAUUUACACCCUUCAACGGACAAAUCUCUUUCCUCUCUUGAUAGUAUGGUGACCCAGGAUCUGGGAUCAACCCCUUGGUCUGUACUGAUGGAUGAUGAGAUUAAUGUUUUGGGAAGAGAGAUGGAAUUUCAUAUAAUUGGAGAUUUGGUUGAGGAAAUUGUGAAGGACAUGAAACUAUAAUCAUGUGGGUCAUGUCUCAUUCCACAGGCACAGCUUCUUUUUUUUUUUUUUUUUUUUUUUAUGGGAAUAGCAGUGUAAAUUUGGAAUUGCAGUAUCUGCAAUGCUUACAUGGAUAUCAAAGCCAAAGGUCACCAUGUUUGCUUAAUACAGUUAGGUGUUAAACUUAAAGUGGAAGAUUGAAAGUGCAUGUAUAUAUGUUCUUUGUCCAUGUUCAUGAUGUAGGUAUUGGGUUGAG